GUGUGUGUGUGUGUGUGUGUGUGUGUGUGUGAGUGAGAGUGUGUGCGCAUGAAUGUGUGGGUGUGUGCUGCACCAGACAUCAGCAGCAGGUUGAGAGCCGACACACAGAGGAAGCAAGAGAGAGAAGAAAAGAAUAAAGGGGAGAAAGAAAAAGAAAAAAGGGAGACUGCUUCAUUCAGUCCACUGAGAGAACUUCAAGACAGCCUCCAGCAGCUCUGACCGCACAGUUAAAAUGUUGCCUGGUACCAGGCCCCUGCUGCUGUGUGUGCUGUGUCAUGUGACCACCGCAUGGGCAUUCGCCCGCAUGUCUGACGCAGUGGAGCUGCGAUCCGCAUUCUCUGUGGCACGUACCAGCAGCAUGGAGGGAGGGCCCAAGAUGGUCAUCACCUUCGACAAGGUGUAUGUCAACAUCGGUGGCGAUUUCGAUCCAAAGGUUGGCUUAUUCCGCUGCAGGAUUCCGGGUGCGUACUAUUUCUCCUUCACGGUGGGGAAGUUCCCGCGUCGAGACCUGUCAGUCAUGCUAAUGAAGAACCGCAAUGAGGUUCAGGCGAUUGUCUACGACGAGAAUGCCGGAGAGGAGCGGAAGGUGCAGAGCCAGAGCGCCAUGCUGCAGCUUGAUUUCGGAGACACCGUCUGGCUUCGUCUUCAUGGAGACCCUCGCUAUGCUAUCUACAGCAACACUGGUCAUUAUACCACCUUUAACGGUUACCUGAUCUACCCCGAUGUGUACGGCUACCAAGAGCACACACACAAAGGUCAUGACAGUGACCAUCAACCACCGAAAACCAGCGAUCACUCACUAGUCGAGCAUGAAAAUACAAUUACCAAAGACACUAGUGUGAGUUUGAAAGAAGAGAGACGGGAUGAAGAAACAAAAGAGGAAGCGAGAGAUGGAGAAGAAGAAGAUGAUGACCAGCGGUCAGCAUUCUCAGUGGGUCGCACUCAGAGUAUUGUUGGAGUGGAUCAAGGAUACCCUGAGCACCAGCCCAUUGUCUUUGACACAGAGUUUGUCAACAUCGGCAACGACUUCAACUUGACGUCCGGUCUUUUCAAAUGCAGAGUAGCAGGAGCCUAUUACUUCUCCUUCAAUGCUGGCAAGCUGCCCCAUAAGACCCUGUCAGUGAAGCUAAUGAAGAACCAUUUGGAAGUGCAGACCAUGAUCUAUGAUGACAGCGACACUGAGAAGGCCCUGCAGAGCCAGAGUCUGAUGUUGUCACUGCAGGUUGGAGAUACUGUCUGGCUCUACAGUCACCAGAGGGAUGGAUUUGGUGCUUACAGUAAUCACGCCAAGUAUAUCACUUUCACUGGCUUCCUGGUGUAUCCCGAGCUCCACCGAAGCCUUCCUCAGCAGCAGAAACUGGAUAAGACACUGUAGGCCAGUCAAGGAGCCAGUCAGUCUGGGUCUUUAGGAAGGUAAGAGUUUAGAACAAGGGGAAAAAAUGUGAGCUCCCUUCACGCAAUCUUCUACAAGCUAGAGAUUCUUCAAAUUCCAUAUAGUAAUCUCUUUAGCUCUUGUUUUUACCAUGUUUUAUCUAGUUUUAGGAAAAAAUGAGUCAAGCAAGCAGGACCUGUAACAAUUCAGUUAAACUCAGCAUUCCUAAAGUCGCCAUGAAAUGGAAAUUGUGAUGAUCUUUUCUUCCCUAUCCUGAAAACUUCUCAAAUGAGAAAAAAAUAAAAUAAAAAAUCUUGGGCAGCACUUGAUUUUUUCAGUUGGGAAUUAAUUGGAUUGUUGUUGUUUGCUAAUUGAGCGAUCUUAUGUGAGUGACAGAUUGCGUGAUUAUUGCCCAGCCGGAGCACAGGGAUGUUGUUGGGAGGAGACACUAAUAUUUCUUAUUAAUAAUAACGAUAGCACAUACCAUUUUUAAGCUUAAUGUGCAAGGCUAAUUAAAUUAAUAAAAUGUUUCAAUAUUCCAUGAAUAAUAAGAAUUGUCCGUUUUGAUUUUAUUGUGACUUUAAGCCUUUGGAUGCUGAGUUCUAACAAUAAUAUAAUGAUUAAAUACAAACAGGUCACUUUUAAAUAUUAAUCAUUUGUAAAAUUUAAAAAUUAAAUACAUUAAGAAAAUUUUAUAAAAAGGGUAAUAAAAGUCAAUAUAAAACAAAAUAUACAGUUUGACUGAACGAUCAAAAGUUCUUCGCACUAAAGCACCUAUCUCCACAGAGGCAGUUCAUAAGACAGCCCCAACUCAAAACUGUGUUUCAAUACAAGUGUUAAAUGCAUGCAUGUUUUAAAUGAGAAAUUUUGUUGUCUUUGAAGCUUUUGCAUGAAAGAUUUGCACGGGAGUACUGUCUUCUGCUUAUCCAUCUAUUAUUUCCAGUGUUAAAUCUGUUUAUGGCACACAAACAAAAACCAGUGAGAAUUCCACUAAAUCCUUUAGUCCUUCAUGUAGACAAAUUCAUGUAGUUAGUCAAUAAUCACUCUGGUUUCGGAACAGCGCUUCACAUUAUACUGAGGACCGCUUCUGUAAAUGUAUUAUGUUUGGCCAGAAACUUUGCCAAAUGUAGCGCAGGCUGACAGCUUCUAAAGAAACAAUGAUGUUAUUCACUGCCAAAUACAUGUACACCAACUGAUGAUAAAGAUUUUUGAAAAGUAGUCCAACAAAUAUUAAUGAUUAUAUUUUGGACUGAAAAUCUAUCAAAGAUAUCAAUCAGUUUAUAUAAUUCAGAUGGUUCAUGCUGUUGUGUGUAUAUGGACAUAAAGAUUUAUUUAUUUGAUGAAGCAUUAUGUAAUAUGAAGUGCACAAUUCCAAAAUGUAAAUAUACUUCAGUGUUUUUUUUAAUCCAUUUCUAUAUGAGUAAACGUUUGCAUUUCUAUUACUUUGCCUGGUCUUAUAUACUUUUCUGUAUGGUUUAAUAUGAUAAAUAAACUUUGUGAACGAGUGCUGGAUAAGUUUUUCAAUGUUUGUGCAGUUUGAGCUGCUUUGUAAAGUACCGUAAAAGUGGUUUCAGUGUACGCUGGAUUCUUAAUGUGUGAGAGAAGCCAGUCUUCAGAAGCAAGCCAAAUAAAAACUCUGAAUGUGAA